AUGCGAGUAUCGAUCAUACGUUCGGUCAAUGAAUGGACGCCUACUUCCAAAUUGUUAAUUGUAGUUGCUGUUCUGAUAUGUGCUCUCUGGCUUCAGAGAUCCAGCAAAUUCACAAGAAAAUCUAAAUGGACGGAUCAAAUUUUUUGA